CAGAAAGAGGAAGCAGAAGUGCCGCCUGACGCAGGAGGACCGAACCGGGUGGAACCGGGCGCAGCUCCAGAAUCUGCAGCCGCGCCGCUGCACCUGCAGACAGGAAGUGGAUCAGAGCAGCACUGAUUAGAACCUGUGGUUAAACCGCCAACUUCCUGUCAUACGUCUCUUCGUUUAAAAACUGUCGAUGGCGGGAAAACGGACCGGCAGAAGUCGAUGUUCUGACCCGGUUAGCUGCACACCUCACUCAGCCGGUCCAGAACCAACAGCUCCAGGCUGAAAACCAGAACCAGAACCAGAACUCUGACCCAAGGAACACUGAGGAUCUGAGCGGUUCUCUGAGAAGAUUUCCUACACAGAGAGAAAAAGGUUUAAGUCGUGAGGAACGAAGGAUGGAACCGGAACCGGUAGAACCCGAUGGAGAUCAGCAGCAUUAUGGAACAACAGAACAGCUUUCAGUCUGGUUUCCAUGGUUACCACGGUACUGAGACUGGCCUAGUCAAAGUGUUUAAUGACAUCCAUAUAAACAGAGUGUGGAAGAACCACAGUGCUGGUUCUGGUUCUGUUGGACCUCAGUACCUCCUAGUGUCCAGCUGGAAACUAGAGAUCAGGCUGACCUCUGACCUCUGACCUGAAUCUUCAGUUCCAAAGUGGGCCUUCUACCAGCUGCAGAACAUUUCCAGGAUCAGCCGGUUCUACGUUCCACUGAGACUUUAACCUGCUGCUAGUUUACAAAUUAAAGAUCUGCUGCUUCUGGUUCUGGUUCUGCUCUGCAUCAGAACCAGAACCAGACAUGGAGAAGCAGCAUUCAGCUUCUAUGCUCCACAAAUCUUGAACAAACUUUCAGAAAACUGUAAAACAGCUGAAACCCCGAGUUCCUUUAAAUCCAAACUAAAAAGCAGCUGGUUAGAGUUGCUAUGGAAACAUAAUCAAUCAACUGAGGGUAUGUUGCUGCCGAUUGUUGCCAGGUGUGGAAUAAAAUAAUUAUUCACAGAGUGUUUACUUUUAUUAGAAGUUUAUUUUUAAUAUUAAUCUUACAAUGUUUAAUCAUUUAUUAUGUCUCACUCAGUCUUACAGAGUCAUUGUUUCUCCUUUUAGCCUCAGUGGGUCAGAACCUUAGCAACAGACGAUCAGUAAAUAGUUUUCAUACCUUUCAGAGGAACAGACCAGACCGACGGCUCAGCGAUUAUUAUUAGACACAAUAUUCUGUCUGAAACCCAUUUUUAACUGAAAGUUGCAUUUUUCUCUGUGUGUGUAUUAAUCUGAUUAGCUCCUUGGGAAUGUUGGUGGCGACUCUGUCUGCGGGAGAAGGACGGUAUACAGUAUAUGUAGAGAGGUGAUUCCUUUGUCUGGUUAGAUCUAUUCUGAGUUCUCCAUCUGUGCAGAUGUAAAAUAAAACUGUGUUUUGUUCUUUCUCUUUAACAAGGUUUGGACUUUGUUAAUUUUUCUCGCUCCACACAGGUCCGCCUUAAAAUAAGACUUUUUAAUGGAGACCUGGCAACCACAGCCAGCAACAGAAAAUAAAAACGAGGGUUCGACUUUUAACACAAAUAAAUACAUUCCAGAUCAUAUCGUGAUACAAAUCGAUAUCGCCACCAUCACACGUAUCGCGAUAUGAGGUCACGCCGUAUCACACAACCCUAGUCCAGGUAAGUCCGGGUGAUUCUCCGCCAUGUCUUAUGGAUCUUUCCAGGUUUUCCAGGAUAGAAACCUGGAGGAGGUGAAUGGUGGCCAUGACUGUUUGAAAAUGAACCCCGGGUCUAUAACUACCCCAAGUUUUUGCCCCUCUCUGGGUCGGUUCUGAUGGAACUCUAGUUAAUUUGCUCGUAUGUGUUUUGAGUUAAAGAUAAGUUUGCAACAUUUACUUCAAUAAUGUUGUGAUUGUUGGAGCAGACAAAGUGUUGCUGUUGAGAAAAUGCCAUUAAAUCAAUCAGGGGUCACCUGGGGGUCAAAGAGCUCAGGUGUUACUUUGAUUGUGCUUUGAGGUUUUCUAAAAAACACGACAUCUUACUGAUUUCAUGCCAUCAGUAAAACAACAACUGAUGAUCAGUUUGGUUUUAAACAAAAGCUCAGUGAUGAUUUAUGACUUUAUUCAGUGAAAGAAAUCAUAAUAAAUAUAAGAUACAGAACAUUGAGUUUUUAGAAGCAUCUGAAGCUUCUGACAGAGUUAAACCAUAAACUGUUCAUUAAACUGCAACGUAGAGGAAGAUAAUCUGAUAUUACAUUAUUGGUAUUCUCAUCGGUCUAUGCAAGUUAAGUCUGGAGAUUUCUGAACCUUUUUCUGUUUCAAAUGGAAACAGUUUUUUUAACUCGUACCUUCAUGAUUGUUCUGUUGAACUUAAAGAUUGUGAUACUGGCUGUUAGGUGGGCAGCCAUUUUGUAAAUCAUUUCAUGUACGGUAAAGGCGAUCUGGUCCUUCAGGCUCCCUGCAGCGCUGGCUUACAGCGGGAACCCGGACUGGCUUGACAUGUUUAAUCCCAAACAGAUUGUUGAUCCUGCUAGGAGGGUCAGAAGAUGAAUUCUUUCUUGUUAUGUAGCAAAUCAAGUCUUGAGUUUGGUGACUAAUAUAUCUGUCAUAUGCUGAGGAGUGAUCUCUGUGAUGAUGUGAAGCAACACUGUGUAAGUUGUACAUUAAAGUUUCCCUUUUUAUUGCGCCUCAUUUCAUCCAGUUCAGCUGUAACCUGAGGUGGAGUCUCCAAGAUCCGGAGGAUCCGGAGGAUCCAGAGGAUCCAGAGGAUCCAGAGGAUCCCAUCUGGACGGAGUCACAGCGGAGGCAGACCAAGGCUUAGUUUUUGGUUUAGUUUUUAGUUUGGUUUAGUUUUUAGUGAGGUUUAGUUUGAUGUAACCAUCUCAGAAGUUUUACCUGCUUUAAAAAAUAACAGGGAACUAAAUCAGAGUUUCCAUAUUUUUCUGAAAUGUUUCUUCUGUCUUCUCCGCCUUUCCAGGUUUGGUCAGAAGCUGCCGAGCGCAUGCAGCUCAGGUCUAUUCCACGGCUCCCCGUGACCCCGCUGCUGAUGCAGCUGAAAUGGGACUCCGUGUUUCCACCAGAACAAAAGGCCGCCACGCUGCGCGGCACAAACAGCUCCGGGACAAAGCAGGCCGUGUUUCCAGAACUCCGUCUCCCCAUAAAUCCCCGGAGGCGAGCCGCCAUGGGGGGUUUGACCGAGGAAGCCGCCAAGCGCCAUGCCUCUGCCCCGACGCCACUCUUCCUUCCUGGGACAGUCGUCGUCCGAGCGCCCGGCCGCUGCCUCCGGCGGGAGAACAAGUGCAGCCGGCGCAACGAUGCCCCGCGGCACGCCGGUGGGGCCGGGAGCCACCAGCGGCCUGGGGACGCGCGUUUCCCGCCGGGCUCUGGGUAUCAGCAGCGUGUUCCUGCAGGGGAUGAGGAGCUGCACCGCGCCGGUGCUGCCCCGGGCUGGGGACCGGACCGCGGGCGGCGGCACCACGGGCCUGAACAGCUGCCUGAUGGAGUACCGGGACAAAGUCCGGGCUCUGGAGGAGCUGAACCGGCAGCUGGAGCAACAGAUCCGCCUCAGCCUGGACCGCAAGGCAGCCAGCGCCGGCGCCUGGGGGCCGCUGCGCAGGGAGUGGGAGGACAUCUACCGGCAGGUCAGUGAAGCCAUCCUGGAAAACGCUCGGCUGAUGCUGCAGACGGAGAACGUUCAGGCCAACGCUGAAGACUUUAAAGAAAGGCUGGACAGCGAGGCGUCCCUCAGGACGGUGGUGGAGGACGAGGUCGGCUCGCUCCGCCGGGUGAUGGAGGAGGCGGCCGUGACAAAGGUGGAGCUCGAGGAGCGGAUGGAGAGCAUGAGGGCGGAGCUACUGCACCUGGAGAGCCGCCAUGAGCAGGACGUCCGCGCCCUAUACAGCCGGACCGCCGGACGGGAUGUGGACGAACCAGACACUCCCGUGGAAACGGGUCUGGACCGGAUCCUGGCCCACAUCCGGACCCACUGGGAGCAGCUGACGGAGCGGAACCGGGCCGACACUGACGGCUACCUGGAGUCCAAGGAGGCGCCGUGCGCAGCCAGCCAUCUGAGUGCGGAGGAGCAGCAGGCGGAGGCGCUGAAGGCGGAGUGCAGCGACGUGAGCUGCAGGAUCCAGAGUCUCCAGGCUGAGACCGAGUCCAUCAGGGCUCUGAAACGAGGCCUGGAGAACUCGCUGAGCGACGCCCACCACUGGCACGAUGUGGAGCUGCAGAACCUGGGCUCAGUGGUGGCGCGGCUGGAGGCGGAGCUUAGCGACGUGCGGAGCGAGAUCGAGCAGCAGCGCCGCGACUUCGACAUGUUGCUAAGCAACCGGCAGCGGCUGGAGCAGCAGAUCGGCCUGUACCACGGCAUCCUGGACGGAGAGGAGGACCGCUUCCUGCCGAGCAACGCGCAGUCGUGUUGUGCUGCAGACUCCAGGCCUGAAGCUCCACCCCCUGCAGAACCUUCUGGACCGGCAGGCCCUCCGGCCCAGUGAAGACUCCGGGUCCGGUACCACUGGAUUAGGGGACCGGGUCGUUAAGCCAUCAGAACCACCCAGUUGGACCAGACGAACAUCUACAACAUGUAGGACGACCAGAACCGCUGGAGAAAAAAAUGGAUCUAGUUCUGAUCGGGUCCAGGUGGGACUGAUCCGACACAGUCGGGCUGAGAUGCAGUGUGAGUGUGAUGAGUUCAAGGACCGAUUUGGACCUCACAGUUCUGGUUCUGGUUCCACUCCAGACUGGAGUCCUCCUGUACCGACCAACAUUUCCUGUUUGUUGUUUUCAAAAUAAAAUUUACUGAAGGUGAA